AUGAUUUCCACCGUACUACGAAGGGGUGCCCUCUCCCAGGGUCUCCUCCGGAAUGGCCUCUAUCAGACGAUCCGCCUCUACGCCUCGUAUCCGCCGCACACUGUCAUCAAGAUGCCGGCGCUAUCGCCUACCAUGACGGCCGGCGGUAUUGGCGCUUGGCAGAAGAAGCCCGGCGAUACCAUCGCGCCCGGUGAGGUGCUUGUUGAGAUUGAGACCGACAAGGCCCAGAUGGACUUUGAGUUCCAAGAGGAGGGUGUCGUUGCGAAGCUUUUGAAGGAGACUGGCGAGAAGGACGUCCCCGUUGGCAGCCCGAUUGCUGUUCUCGUCGAGGAAGGCACCGAUGUCAGCUCCUUCGAGGGCUUUACCGCCGCCGAUGCCGGAGGCGACGCCCCCAAGCCCGCCGCGAAGGAGGAGAAGACCGAAUUCAGCAGCUCCCAGCCCGCGCCCGCCCCUACCCCCGCGCCCGAACCCGAGCCCGCUUCCCAGUCGACCGGCGGCCUCCUCGAGCCUUCCCUUGACCGCCACCCCAACGCGACCCCGGCCGCCAUCCGCCUCGCCAGGGAGAACGGCAUCAAGGUGGACGACGUCCAGGGCACCGGAAAGGGCGGUAAGAUCACCGAGGAGGACGUCAAGAAGGCCGUCGCCUCGCCUGCCACCGCCGCCUCCGCCCCCGGCGCCACCUACGAGGACGUGCCCAUCAGCGGCAUGCGCAAGGUGAUCGCCUCGCGCCUGCAGGAAUCCGUGCAGAACAGCCCGCACUUCUUCGUCACCAGCUCCAUCUCCGUCAGCAAGCUCCUCAAGCUCCGCGCCGCCCUCAACGCCGCCAGCGAGGGCAGCUACAAGCUCUCGGUCAACGACUUCCUCAUCAAGGCCAUCGCCGUGGCCUCGCGCAAGGUGCCGCAGGUCAACGCCUCGUGGCGCGGCGACGUCAUCCGGCAGCACAAGACCGUCGACGUCUCCGUCGCCGUCGCCACCCCGACCGGCCUCAUCACCCCGAUCGUCACCGGCGUCGAGGCCCGCGGGCUCGAGUCCAUCUCGGCCCAGGUCAAGGCCCUCGCCGCGCUGGCCCGCGACAACAAGCUCAAGCCCGAGCAGUACCAGGGCGGCUCCAUCUCCAUCUCCAACAUGGGCAUGAACCCCGCCGUCGACCACUUCUCCGCCAUCAUCAACCCGCCCCAGUCCACCAUCCUCGCCAUCGGCAGCACCAAGAAGGUCGCCGUCCCCGCCGAGAACGACGACGGCUCCACCGGCGUCGAGUGGGACGACCAGAUCAAGAUCACCGGCAGCUUCGACCACCGCGUCGUCGACGGUGCCGUCGGCGCCGAGUACCUGAAGGAGCUCAAGAAGGUGCUUGAGAACCCUCUCCAGCUUCUUCUAUAG